AUGGCUGAAUGGAGCUGGGUGGCCUACACGGUGCUUGAGGGGUUGAUUGCUGUGGCUUGUUGCCUUGGUAAUGUCUUGGUGGUGUGUGCAGUGUGUAUCGGCAUCCGGGAUUCACUUCACGAACCAACCUUCUGCUUCCUGGUUUCCCUGGCAGUCGCUGACCUGCUUGUGGGCGCAGCUGCGGUGCCACUGGCUGUGCUAUUGGACGGCUGGGUGAGCCUGACCCCUGACCUCUGCCUACUGCUCAGCUGUGUUGUGCUUGUGCUGACUCAGGCAUCAGUGCUGUCGCUGUUGGCUAUUGCUGUGGACAGAUACCUCCGGCUUCACAUACCACUCAGGUGAGACACACAAUCUGAAACAAGACCCAGUAUUUUUUCUGGCAGAAAAGAAACGCAGCUUACAUAGUCUUUCUUUUGAUUUUUAGAUACAAAGCCUUUGCCUCCCAGAGGCGCACAUGGAUUGCUGUUUCUGUGUGCUGGACUCUCUCCUGCCUCCUGGGAUUCACUCCCCUGCUUGGCUGGAACAACUUCUCCCCUCUAGCACCUGACUCCACCAACACAUCCUCCCCUUCCCUCACUCCCCCCUGCACCUUCCUCUCUGUGAUCUCGCUCCCUUUUAUGGUCUACUUUAACUUCCUGGGAUGUGUCAUGGCACCCCUGCUGGUCAUGACCCUCCUUUACAUUCAAAUAUUCUGGAGCCUGCAGGGACGCCUGAAAGAGAGCUGUCCCCAGGCGAAGGUCUCCCUCCUCAGAGAGAAGAGGCUGGCCUGCUCUCUCGCUCUGGUUCUGAUUUUGUUUGCUGUCUGCUGGAUUCCUCUACACCUGAUGAACUGUCUGUUGCUGUUUUAUGGUCCUCAAGCUGUCACACAGGGGACUCUCUAUGCAGGUAGUCCUCAUUGUCUGCAUCUUUUGUCAUAGUUUGCUAUUUUCUCUUGUUUUAACCAGCUUUGUUUAACCUUUAAAACUAACCGUACUGUCUAUAUUUCUCCAGGUAUCCUCCUUUCUCAUGUUAACUCAGCAGUCAACCCUGUGGUCUACGCGUAUCGCAUCCCAAAGAUCCGGCAGGCCUACAGUCAAAUAUGGAGGCGCUUCCUUGUACGAACAAACUGUUCCCAUGGAGAUGAACAAAUUUGUCGAGCAAGAACGAGCAGCCAAGCCAAUCAAACAGAGAUGUAUGGAUCGGGAGGGAAGACCGCACCCUAG